AUGGACUCUUUCGGAGACGACGAGCCAGACUGCAUUAAGCUAAAGUCUAUCAAGAAUAACAAGACAUUCACAGUGCCGCAAAACGACAGGCUUGGGAACUGCCGAAGUGUCAAACAAUUUGAGAAGUUGAACCGAAUAGGGGAGGGAACCUAUGGCAUUGUUUACCGAGCUCGAGACACACAAUCUGAUGAGAUUGUGGCGUUGAAGAAGGUCCGCAUGGACAAAGAGAAAGAUGGUAUUCCUAUCAGUAGUCUCCGGGAGAUCACUCUGCUGCUCAGAUUGAGACAUCCCAAUAUAGUAGAGCUGAAAGAGGUGGUUGUUGGCAGCCAGUUGGAGAGUCUAUUCCUUGUAAUGAGCUACUGUGAACAAGACCUGGCCAGUUUACUGGAAAACAUGCAGACGCCUUUUUCUGAGGCUCAGGUAAAAUGUAUAGUCCGGCAAUUGCUGAGAGGCCUGGAGUAUCUUCACCAUAACUUUAUUCUACACAGGGAUCUGAAGGUGUCUAAUCUGCUGAUGACAGACAAGGGCUGUGUUAAAAUAGCUGAUUUUGGCUUGGCCCGUAUGUAUGGCAUCCCCCUUCAGCCUAUGACGCCCAGAGUAGUUACCCUAUGGUACAGAGCGCCAGAGCUCCUCCUGGGGACCAAGACACAAACUACAGCAUUAGAUAUGUGGGCAGUGGGAUGUAUCCUGGCAGAGCUGCUUGCCCACAAGCCUUUGCUGCCGGGAAGUUCGGAGAUCCAACAAGUCGACCUAAUUGUUCAGCUGCUUGGCACACCCAGCGAGAUCAUCUGGCCUGGUUUCUCCCGCCUCCCCCUUGUUGGUCAAUACACACUGAGAAAGCAGCCAUAUAACAACCUGAAGAACAAAUUUACAUGGCUAUCUGAUGCUGGCCACAGACUACUCAACUUACUAUUCAUGUACAACCCCCAACGCAGGGCUACUGCAACAGAUUGCUUGGACAACUCCUACUUCAAGGAGAAACCUCUGCCCUGUGAGCCUGAGCUCAUGCCAACUUUCCCACAUCACCGCAACAAAAGGGCUGCUCCUCCAGCAGAGAGCCACUUGAAACGAAGCAAAAUAUGACGAUGAUGGUGGCAGUGUGAAACUGGCACCCUAAAUAAAAUGCACUUUAUGUCAAGACAUUCAACAUGUUCAACAUGACCAGCUUUAGUUCAUAAUGGUUUUUAUUAAGAACAUCAAGCAAAUACAUAGUUUGGUAAUGUACAGGGAGGAAAAAUCACAACGCAGAUGUGAAUGAGGCGUGACCGGUUAGCCUCCUCUCUUUACUGUAAAAUACGAUGCAACACAACAUAAAAAGAAACUUGAGCAAUUUAAAUGGCUGCAACUUUUAUAUUUUAUAAUGUAUAUUUGAUAGUUACAGAGAUCCAAGUAUGCUGUUGAAAAGCAGAAUAGCAUUUUUCUCUGUUCAGUGUCUUGGACAUUUUUUUAGUUUCCUUACUGCUGUAAGAGAUCUGCGUGUAUAAAUAAAGUCAAUAUAAAGAUGACAAAGCGAGGUUUUUCCUUGACAACAGGACGAAAGAAUGGCAACCAUGUGGUUAACAUCUGGAUGAGGAUUCUCUUAGCUAGGACACGACAAACUGUUUUGAUCCAAACAUCAGCGCAGUGUGAAGACAGAAGGCACGACAUGUCCUCUGCACAUGACUCGGUUGUCUUAUAGUUGACAUGUGUCUGCUCACAGAUUGUUUUUAAUACAUAGUUCCUCGGACAGUUGUUUGCCAAAUGUGAAUAAAUUAA